GAGGGGAGUCACUGUGCAGAGAUGGCUAUGGUAUGCCUCACGGACUUUGAGGAUUAUGCCAAGGAGCAUCUUUCAAAGGCCACCUGGGAUUAUUAUGCAGCCGGAGCGGAUGAAUGCUGCACCAGAGAUGACAAUCUGCUGGCUUAUAAAAGGAUCCGUCUGAGACCUCGGAUUCUGCGGGACGUGUCAAUGAGUGACACACGUACUACAGUGCAGGGGACUGAAAUCAACUUUCCUGUUGGCAUUGCACCUACAGCAUUUCACUGUCUGGCCUGGCAUGAAGGGGAGACGGCUACAGCUCGGGCUGUGAGUGAUGCUGAUGUUUCCUCUUCCUGCUGCUCACAGAUUGACGCUCUGGCAGAAAUUGUAGACACAGUUCAGGGAAGAAUAGAGGUUUAUUUAGAUGGAGGGAUCCGGACAGGAAGUGACGUACUGAAAGCUCUGGCCUUGGGAGCUAGGUGUGUGUUCAUUGGCCGUCCAGCUGUGUGGGGCCUCGCAUACAAGGGGGAGGAGGGGUUGAGGGAAGUACUCCAAAUUCUCAACGAUGAGUUCCGUCUGUCCAUGGCUUUAUCAGGUUGUAGAAAUGUAGCUGAAAUCAACAGGAACCUCAUUCAGUUUUCCAAACUCUGAUGUUCCAGCAGGGGGCAGCACUGAGGACAAUAAUGGCACCAGGUUAACUGGACUCUGAAAUGAAUCAGAUUGUUGUAUAAGUAGUUUCUGAGCUUAAAUUAGGAGAAAAAUCAAGAAAUUUAUACCUCAGAACUUAUAAGGAUGAAAAAUGUCUGUACUUUGAAAACAACUUAUGCCGAACAUCCCAAAUGCUGAUUGUAUGAGUGACAGAAUAUGGAGGGAGACUUGAGUGUCAGUGAACGAUUAAGAAAGUGAUCAAUGAAUGUGCUUUUGCUUUGAGAGUGAAAAGGAUGGAGGCCUGUAUUUUAAAACCAACUAAAUUCUAAUGAUUCCAUUGUAAGAGUUAAAAUGCUGCUAGUGCUUGUGCUUCAAUAAAUACCUGCU